GCAUGUCUCCAACUUACGUUUUGAACUUCUCAAAAUUGCAGCGCCAAAGGCAACUUCCCACGGUUGCACACCGCCGCUACCGGAGAGAACGCCGUCAGCCACCGGCUCAGCCCAGCGACACUGCUCCGACGUUGCAGCUCCGAGCAACCCACCGCUCAGCAUUCUCAAACAGCUCGGGUCCACCUUCUGCCACCACGUCAGCCCGCGGAAAAUCGCGCAGCACCAUCGCACAGAUUUACAACGAGCGGUCUACUUCUUCGCCGAUUACCACUUUGCACAGGUUGUGUUUGAAACGUGACAUUGAAAGAAAAAAAUCGCGGCUUUGCGCUUUGAACCAUCUACUGUGCAGACAUGUCUGAUAAUAGGCAGGCAGAUAUAAGAAAGUGGUUUAUGAAGUCCCAUGACAAGGGCAACGGCAAGGAAUCCAAGCCUGCAACUCCUGCCCCAGCCAAUUCGGAGAGACAGGUGCAUGGAGGCCAAGAAAAUUCAGGCAGGAGGAAAACUAGCAAAUAUUUUGCUACUGACAAACAAAAGCUGAAAGAAGAGAAGGAAACAGAGGAGCACCUUCCAGCAAAAAGAAAGACUCAGAAGGAUAGCGAUGAAUCGCUGAAAUCCCCACCUUCAAAAAAAGUUCACAAAGUUGACGCUGAUGAUGACGAUGACUUUGUCUUGCCUAGUUCUAGGAAGAACUCGGUUGAUGUGACUCCUAGCAAGAAGUUGAAGCUUGGGUUGGGUAGGGGAGUCACACAGAAACCUGUAGAUGUUGAAGAAAAUGAUGAGGAUGAUGAUAAAAACAUUGAAACUCCUCUGAGGUCUGGUGGAAGGGGUCGUGGUGGAAGAAGUUCCUCAGCAGCACCGGCUGGUGGAAGAGGCAGAGGUGGUGGACGGGGUGGAUUUAUGAACUUCGGAGAAAGGAAAGAUCCGCCACAUAAAGGAGAAAAGGAAGUCCCUGAGGGCGCUCCUGAUUGUUUAGCUGGUUUAACUUUUGUAAUUAGUGGAACUCUUGACAGUCUGGAGCGUGAAGAAGCUGAAGAUUUGAUUAAACGCCAUGGUGGCCGUGUUACUGGAUCUGUCAGCAAGAAAACGAAUUAUCUUUUAUGUGAUGAAGAUAUUGGGGGACAGAAAUCCAAAAAAGCCAAAGACCUGGGUACUGCCUUUCUCACCGAGGAUGGAUUAUUUGAUAUGAUCGGUGCAUCAAAGCCUGCAAAAGCACUUGCACAAGAAGAAUCAAAGAAACCAGAAGAUACGGUUGCUCCUCUACCAAAGAAAAGUCCCCAGAAGAUAGAAGCAAAGAAAGAUAAGAUCAGCAAUUCCUUGACAACGAAAGUAGCCGGCAAAGGUUUGAUCUCGGGAGCAUCCCCAGCUAAGCGUAAAACUCAAACUGCUGAGAAGAAUGCUUCAACAUGGACAGAAAAAUAUAAGCCAAAGGUUCCAAGCGACAUUAUUGGAAAUCAGUCGCUGGUUAAGCAGCUCCACGACUGGCUGGCACAUUGGAAUGAGCAAUUUGUUGAUACUGGAAAUAAGAAAAAGGGCAAAAAACAAAAUGAUUCUGGUGCCAAAAAAGCUGUGCUAUUAAGUGGAGGCCCUGGUAUCGGAAAAACAACGUCAGCAAAGUUGGUCAGUCAGAUGCUCGGCUUCCAGGCAAUAGAGGUAAAUGCCAGUGACAGUCGUGGGAAGGCUGAUUCCAAAAUUGAAAAAGGAAUUGGUGGAAGCAAUGCAAAUUCUAUAAAGGAACUUGUGAGCAAUGAGGCCUUGAGUAUUAACAUGGAUCGGUCAAAGCAUCCAAAAACCGUGCUGAUUAUGGAUGAGGUUGAUGGGAUGUCUGCUGGAGAUAGAGGUGGAAUUGCUGACCUUAUUGCUAGCAUCAAGAUUUCCAAAAUUCCUAUUAUAUGCAUUUGCAAUGACCGAUACAGUCAGAAACUGAAAAGUCUUGUGAACUACUGUUUGCUUCUCAGCUUUCGGAAACCUACAAAGCAACAGAUGGCAAAGAGGUUAAUGCAAGUUGCAAAUGCAGAAGGCCUUCAAGUUAAUGAGAUUGCUCUUGAGGAACUUGCAGAAAGAGUUAAUGGAGAUAUGCGGAUGGCAAUAAACCAGUUGCAGUACAUGAGCCUCUCCAUGUCGGUCAUUAAAUACGAUGACAUUAGGCAGCGUCUUCUAACCAGUGCAAAGGAUCAAGAUAUUUCACCAUUCACCGCUGUUGACAAGCUAUUUGGUUUUAAUGCGGGAAAGUUGAGGAUGGAUGAGCGGAUUGACCUGAGCAUGAGUGAUCCUGAUCUAGUCCCUCUUCUCAUUCAGGAAAAUUAUAUUAAUUAUAGGCCAAGUUCUGUUGGUAAGGAUGACAAUGGAAUCAAACGUAUGAGCUUGAUUGCUCGUGCUGCUGAAUCUAUUGGUGACGGGGAUAUAUUCAAUGUACAGAUUCGACGAUAUCGACAGUGGCAGCUCUCUCAAAGUAGUUCCCUUGCAUCGUGUAUUAUUCCUGCCUCGUUAUUGCAUGGGCAGAGGGAAACACUUGAACAGGGAGAGCGAAACUUUAAUAGAUUUGGAGGGUGGCUGGGAAAGAACUCGACAAUGGGCAAAAAUAUGAGGCUUUUGGAGGAUUUGCACGUUCAUCUUCUUGCUUCUCGUGAAUCUAGUUCAGGGAGGAAAACCCUACGAGUUGAAUACCUUACUCUUCUUCUGAAACGAUUGACCGAGCCACUGCGAGUGCUGCCUAAGGAUGAAGCUGUUCAAAAUGUUGUUGAGUUUAUGAAUAUUUACUCAAUUAGUCAGGAGGAUUUUGAUACUAUAGUGGAGCUGUCAAAAUUUCAGGGGCAUCCAAAUCCUCUGGAAGGCAUACAGCCUGCUGUGAAGGCUGCUCUCACUAGAGCUUACAAAGAAGGAAGCAAAUCAAGAAUGGUACGAGCUGCAGAUUUAAUCUCGCUUCCUGGAAUGAAAAAAGCUCCUAAAAAGCGGAUUGCGGCAAUUCUAGAGCCAUCAGAUGAUGGAUUAGUAGAUGGCAGUGGUGAACUAUUGGCAGAAAAUGAAGAAGAAAGCUCUUCAGAUACAGAGGAGUUGGAAGGCACUGCCAAUGGUGAGAAGCUGCAGUUGGAACUUCAAAGUUUGAAUUCAAAAGGAGUGGAAGUAAAAUUGGAUCUGAAGGGCACAGGAAAUUCAAGUGCUAAGAAGACAUCAGCUGGCAGAGGAAAAGCUGGUUCUGGACCUACAGAGAAGAAAGGUGCGCGAGGUUCAGGGACUGGUGCCAAGAGAAAGAGAUGAAAAAUGAUGAAAGUAGAGGCUUGGAUAAGUUUUUGGCAUUGUUCAUAAUCGUUGUAAGUAGGUUUUCCGAAAAACUUGUACACUGUUUUUGCAGUGUAUGAGGUUGUUCCUUGCUAGCAUUUCUUUUUGUGGAAUGCUAUUGGUAUCAUUGAUGUAAACAUAUGGGUUGAUGUUUUUGAGCAUAUUGUGGGAUUCUGAUAAGUUGCCCCUUCAAUCAGUACAGCAAUCUUGAGGUUUC